CGAUCGCUGCGGUGGCUCAAGAAGUUCAUCUACGAGAUGGAGGGGACCAACACCCCGCAGGACUGCUGGUGUGAGCCGUUUCAGCUCCUCAUGGAGAGUGGAGGCAGCAACUGGGUUCGCCAGCUCCCGAAGAAAACGCGCAACAGGUGGGCGCUGCUGUGCGAGGCGUUCAUGGCGUACUACUGCUCGCAGCACGACCAAUCCGCCGAAGACCGAUAUUACACCGCCACGCGGGACGAGGGAGAGCACAUCUGCGACUACCUGCUGCGCCUGAAUGGAUACGCUCGCUCGGCGAAAAUCGCGUAUGAAGCGGGCGGCACCGUCGGCGCGGGGCACGUCAAGCGCUUCCACGACACUUGUGAAGAUGGUGCGCUGGUCCGACAGUUAAUCCCUCAACGAUUCGACAACAUUGCCAAGGUGGAAGCUGUGAUCAACGACACGAUGGACGCAGACCGACGUCGCAAAGACAAGGACAGCACGCGUAAACCAUCACGCGAUGGGGGCCGACGGACCGACAGCGCUAGGCGUGAUGACCGUCGGAACGACCGGGAUGAUCGCCGAGGUGACAGCCGUAGCCGACGUGAAGGUCGCUACGAUCGUCGAGUCACCGUCGCAAGUGCGUCGGUCGACGAGCUCUAUGACGCCUGGCAAGACCGCAUGUCUCUCACGCCUCGUCGCCGAGUCGACUCAGAUGAUUACUUGGAAAGCAGCAAUCAUUCCGACCGCUCAUAUAAUUCCGAGUAUGAAUCAGAUCACAUGGACGCGGCUGAGACGAGCCGGAGUGUCGCAACUCAGCGAUCAGACGGUCAAAGUCGCGCGAAUGUAUCGGGCGACGGGCGUAGAGACGAAGGCCGCUGA